UGAACUCAGACUAUAUGAAUGUAAUUUUAACUUGUGCAGGUUGAAAACAUGGACACCUUCCUAUUCACCUCUGAGUCUGUGAAUGAGGGUCACCCUGACAAGCUCUGUGAUCAGAUAUCAGAUGCAGUGCUUGAUGCCUGCCUUGAACAGGAUCCCGAUAGCAAAGUUGCCUGUGAGACUUGUACCAAGACAAACAUGGUAAUGGUCUUCGGUGAGAUCACAACCAAGGGAAACAUAGACUAUGAGAAGAUCGUUCGUGACACCUGCCGUAACAUAGGAUUUACAUCUGAUGAUGUUGGUCUUGACGCAGACAAGUGUAAGGUCCUAGUCAACAUUGAGCAACAGAGCCCUGAUAUUGCUCAAGGUGUCCACGGUCAUCUAACCAAGCGUCCUGAGGAGAUUGGUGCCGGCGAUCAAGGCCACAUGUUUGGCUAUGCCACAGAUGAGACCCCUGAGCUCAUGCCGCUCAGCCAUGUGCUUGCUACUAAACUUGGUGCCCGCCUCACUGAAGUCCGGAAGAAUGGUACAUGUUCGUGGUUGAGACCUGAUGGAAAAACCCAGGUUACAGUCGAGUACUUCAAUGACAAUGGUGCAAUGGUUCCCGUUAGAGUCCACACUGUUCUCAUCUCGACUCAGCACGAUGAAACUGUUACUAAUGAUGAGAUUGCCAAGGACCUUAAGGAACACGUCAUCAAACCUGUCAUCCCUGAGAAGUACCUCGACGAAAAGACAAUCUUCCACCUGAACCCGUCUGGCAGGUUUGUUAUUGGCGGGCCCCAUGGUGAUGCUGGUCUCACAGGUCGUAAAAUCAUUAUUGACACCUAUGGUGGGUGGGGUGCCCAUGGUGGGGGUGCCUUCUCGGGAAAGGACCCUACCAAGGUCGACAGAAGUGGGGCCUACAUUGUUAGGCAGGCUGCCAAGAGCAUUGUCGCAAAUGGCCUUGCUCGCAGAUGCAUAGUGCAGGUCUCAUAUGCCAUUGGCGUGCCUGAGCCAUUGUCUGUGUUUGUUGAUACUUAUGGCACCGGGAGCAUCCCCGAUAAGGACAUCUUGAAGAUUGUGAAGGAAAAUUUCGAUUUCAGACCCGGAAUGAUUUCCAUUAAUUUGGACUUGAAGAGGGGCGGAAAUGGAAGGUUCUUGAAAACCGCUGCAUAUGGCCACUUCGGAAGAGAUGACCCCGACUUCACAUGGGAGGUAACUAAGCCCCUCAAAUGGGAGAAGCCCCAAAACUAGUUAUGCUAUACAACCUUUACAAUGUGAAGAAUAAUGCGAUUGUUCCUGUUUCAUGGUCUUUGACCAAGUCGUAUUCGUCGUCAUGCUUUCCAUUUUUAUUUUUCUUCCUUUGUUUCAACCCUUGAUUUGUCUUGAGCUUCCUUUUGAAGAGAUAUGGAUGCUGGUGUGUCAUAAUAUUUUUCUACAUUUGUUUGGAAACCUAUAAACAUAGUGAAUUGUUUGUUACUGGUGGUUCUGUUUGGUUAA